CCCGCCUUCCCUUUCUUUCCCGCCGCCAUUUUGGGCUGGUGCUGCGGAGGCCUGCUGGAGACAGGACUUCUGAGGCAACACCAUGACAGGCAGGUUGUGGUGCAAGGCUACUUUUGCUGGCUACAAGCGAGGCCUCCGGAACCAGAGGGAGCACACUGCUCUGCUGAAAGUUGAGGGGGUUUACUCCCGCAGUGAGACAGAAUUCUACUUGGGCAAAAAAUGUGCCUACGUGUACAAGGCAAAAAACAACACGGUGACGCCUGGAGGCAAGCCCAAUAGGACCAGAGUCAUCUGGGGGAAGGUGACCCGUGCCCACGGAAACAGCGGCAUGGUGCGGGCAAAGUUCCGCUCCAACCUGCCCGCCAAAGCCAUUGGACACCGGAUCAGAGUGAUGCUGUACCCAUCCCGAGUCUAAAUACAGACUGCAAAUAAAAUUCAAAGUAUAUUUCACUUUUGUAUACUUAA